GAAAGUCAUGAUUUGGUGCUAUUUGUUGGGCGCCGCUCUAGUCGGUUACUUUCUUGCCCAUGCCAUCAUCGAAGUCCACUACUUCCUGCGAAUGCUGCUGGCCAUGUGCCUAGCCAGGUUCUUCAAGAAACGCUGUCACAUCAUGGACAUGACAUCGGUCACGGGUCUCUGCCUAACAACGGACAUUGACACAUUGCUAUUUCACAUGAACAAUGCCCGGUACUUCAGGGAGUUGGAUUUUGCCAAGGCAGAUUUCUACGAACGAACAGGACUUUACAGGGCGAUCAUGAAGAAGGGAGGAUCGAUCUUUCAAGGCGCCGCCACCAUCAGAUAUCGCAGAUUCAUAAAGACCUUCACUCGCUUCAAGAUCACAACGCGAAUCAUCUAUUGGGAUGAGAAGUCAAUAUUUAUGGAGCAUAAAUUCAUCUCACCGUCUGAUGGUUUUGUGCGAUGUGUUGUUCUCUCCCGACAGCGUGUCGUGAAUUUGCCAGUGGAUGAUCUCAUGAAUGAACUCCUGGGGAAAACAGCCAAAAAGCAAACAGCAUUCGAUAGACUGGAAAAUGGAAUUGCUGAACAUGCCAAAAUAAAGCCAAGCAUUCCUCUUGAGGUUGCCAAGUGGAUGGAGUGGAAUGAAAUUUCAAGUGCAAAUCUACGAACUGACUCCUAGAGAAAACCAAGUUAAAAUCCGCGCCAAAUGAACACCAAGUCGAGUCACUCGUCUAGUGAGACCUCAAACCAUGUGUCUCUACUUAAGAGCUCUCUUAAGAUCACUCACAAUGCGAUUUUCAUGUGAUAUUUAGUAGUUUUGUUGUAAUAUUUUUUACUCAUAGCUCUUUUAUAUACAUACAUUUCAUACCAUUGUCCGAGUGCACAACACCUCAAUAUAAAUUCCACUGGUAAGAACAAUGGCAGCCUUCUAUCUUUACGGUGAAAGCAUUACCAAAAACAUACUCACAUCUUAUCCAGCAUUGAAUCCACUUAGCUAAACUCUUCUCCGUCGAGAUUCUCCAUGAAGACAAUCCAAUGUAAUCAAUUGAAAUCGACAAAAAACAACGGAAAAGAUAUGCGAAGAAAUGGAGAAAAUGCUGAAUGUUGUUUUGUGAACUCAGAGUUCAAUAUAAAAAUGUAAAUUGAGUGUUAAAGUGGACAAUUUAUGCGUUGAAUAAAAAAUCUGCUUUGUCACACACCA